AUGUCUACUUUGUUCAGGCUCUUUGAAGAGUUUACCAUUCUGUAUGGUUUCAUCAGUAACUGGACGUAUUCUCUGGAAGGUCCUCUUCCAUCUAAAAUCUGGAUGGUCGCAGGUCGGCUGUACAGUGAGCUUGCUUCUGACAUUCUGAAGGCAAAUCUUACUCUGAGUCAAGUGGAGUUGAGAAAGGAAAAUAGAGACAGAGAAAUAGCUUUUUCAGCUGCACUGAUGGAAUCUGGCGAUGGAUAUAUUGGUCCUUUUACCACUGAAAUCACACUAACCUACAGGAAAGUCUUCACAAACAUAGGGAACGCCUACAACCCAAUUACAGGUGUUUUCACAGCCCCACUGAAAGGAGCGUACAUGUUCAGAGUCUCUGUAUAUGGUCAUGGUGGAAUUACAGCAGGUGCAUUCAUAGUUAAGAAUAGAGAGCGUGUGGUUAUAGCUUAUGAUGUUCAGGCUCAGGAUCGGUUAAACUCAUCAAAUGGAGUUGUGUUGAUCCUGGAGGUUGGAGAUGUUGUCCAUGUGAGACUUGAGUCUGGCAGGAGGAUAUUUGAUACCCAGAGUAACCACAACACUUUCAGUGGUUUCCUACUGUUUCCCUUAAGAUAACAGGAGAUUUGAAGAAUGUGAUUCCAAUAAUUCUGAACUUUCAGUGUAAGAUUUAAUGAAAAUUAUGACAAAUGAUUAACAUAUGAACCUGUAUUAAUGAGGACUAAUGUGUGUUUGAAAUUUGCAGUAGAUUACUGUAUAAAGUCAGUAUAAUACACUAUAUUCAUUAGUUCUGAUCUGUCUGUACAUGUAAGUUUGUAUAAAGAGUUUCAGCACUGAGACAGACAGGACCCAUGAAUAUCACAUGUGACUCAAAAGUGUUUUGUUAAAUUUUAAGUGUAUCUUGUUAUUUAUCCUUGAUCUGUAUCUCUUCAUCCUACAUACCCUUGUGAAAAAAAUUGCACUUUAGUAUACUUUUAUAAAGUGUACUUAUUGCACAAAU